UCAAUCACAGGAGAGUGGCCGAGGCCGACCAAACUGGCCGGCGUGGGCUCGCGCUGCGGCUCUCGCCGGUUCUCCCGGUCGCGAUGAGUUUUUUGCUGCCCAAACUGAGCAGCAAAAAGGAGGUGGACGAAGCGAUCAAGGGCGUCGCGGAGAAAGUCCUGGUUCUUCGCUUCGGCAGAGAUAACGAUCUGGUUUGCAUGCAGCUGGAUGACAUUCUUGCAAAAACAUCUCAUGACUUAAGCAGAAUGGCUUCUAUUUAUUUGGUGGAUGUAAACAACGUGCCGGUGUACACCCAAUAUUUUGACAUCAGCUAUAUUCCAUCAACUGUCUUCUUUUUCAAUGGGCAGCACAUGAAAGUGGAUUAUGGAUCUCCUGAUCACACUAAAUUUGUGGGAAGUUUCAAAACAAAACAAGACUUCAUAGAUUUGAUUGAGGUGAUUUACCGUGGAGCAAUGCGUGGAAAGCUCAUUGUACGUAGCCCAAUUGAUCCAAAGAAUAUUCCUAAGUAUGAUCUUCUCUACCAAGACAUUUAAAUGCUCCAAAAUGAGAAGAAUGAAAAUUGGAAUGCACACCUUUCUUCAAAUACUUCUCACUGUUGAAACCAGAUGAGACUUUAUUUUCAUCCUCAAGAUUGUAUAGAUCACCGCUAAAAGAGACAGACAUUUUAUUGUUCAUGUCUUCCAAUCUGCCAUUUGCAAACAAACUGACCAAUCUAUUUUAUUACUUUAGAACUGUACUAAGGUAUUGGUCAAAGAAGCUGUUACAGAUGGCAGUUCAUAUAACCACUGGGACCAUUUGAGUAUACUGUACAGCUCAUUUUACUGGUGUUAUGUCUCAUUGAAGAAAUCUAAAAUUAAAGUGGAUUUUUGAAAAAUCAUUAAAAUUGAAGCCAUCUCAAUGUA